GUAGCGGCGGGGGCGGGGCCGCGCGGCGGUUCCGGCGGUGUCGCGGCCAUGGCGGCGCUGCGGCGGCUCGUGCCGGCGCUGGGGCGGGCGGCGGGCAGGUACCGGCACCGGCAACCGGCACCGCGGCUGCUCUGCGACCGGGGCAGAGCGCCGAGCCGGGGUCACCGGCUCACUCCGGCGGAUGAUGAGAUGUAUCAGCGGACGCGGGUGAUGGUGCUGGAGCCGGAGUCUCCCAACAUCAUGUUCAUCGAGAGCUACAGCACCCGCGGCUUCACCAUCAGCGGAGACCUGGUGGUGGGGCCCUGCGCCGUCCUGCCCCGCAGCAUCCUCCAGUGGAACGUUGGCUCCCACCGGGACAUCUCGCUCGAGAGUCUGUCGCUGUUCCGGCUGCUGGAGCCCCAGAUAGAGAUCCUGGUGCUGGGCACAGGGGACAGGGUGGAGCGGCUCCAUCCUGCCAUGGUGAAGCGGAUGCGGGAGUGCGGGAUUGCCGUGGAGGUGCAGGACACGGCGAAUGCAUGUGCGACCUUCAACUUCCUGAUGAAUGAAAGGCGCGUGGUGGCCGCUGGGCUCAUUCCCCCGCGGGGCACCUACGGGGUGUAGGCACUGCCUGCCAUGCCCGUGGGCUGAGCGGUUCCUCCCCUGCCUGCCCCGAGGGUCACUGCUCCCAGCUGAGAAACGCUCCCUAGUGAACUGUGGAGCUGUGAUGGCUCUGCACACAGGAGGGCUGUGAAAUACACGGGUUUAGCUCUUCCCUGCAGUCCCUGGCUUCUUGGCCUCCCUGCCCAGUCUGGGCUGGAGACUGUGGGGCACAGCACGAGGCUUUGCUGGCGGCACUGCUCCCACAGCCCUGCCAAGGUCGUGCCCCACACCCUGGCGGCAAGAAGCCUCACCUGAGGGAGGGUGAAGGCUGGUGGGGUGAGCUGUACAUCCUCAGGCACAUCUGGAGCUCCAUGAGGAAAAUACAUGUAAAUGGGAAGUAAAAG